ACAACACACACGCCGCCUCCUCCUCCUCCUCCUCCAUAUUCAUUCCUUGCCCUUGUUUCUUCUUCUUCUUCUUCUCGCUCAAUUAAUUUGGAGUUUUUUCAUUGUAAAGAUGGAUUUCGGAGCAAGAGCAGGACCGACUUCUUCUACUGUAUCUAACGACGGGUCCUUUGAGACCAAGGAGCCUUCCAGCUUGUGUACUGAAUGGACAGAUGAGAAGCAUAGUUUAUACCUCAAGUCCAUGGAAGCAUCAUUUGUGAACCAGUUAUAUGAUUCCACGGAUUUGCUUGGUUUUUGCCGCUUCUCAGAUCCAGCAUAUUCCAGGAAAAAGCAUCUUAACACCCGCAUCACUUCUGGCCAGUUUAAGGUUCUUCGAGGAGGUUGCUGGCAGAAGAUUAAUUUUGCAAGAGCUUAUGAUCUUCAGCUCAAGAAAGCAAAAGGGUCUCGUGUUCUUUUGACUAAUCCUUGGAUACGGCACUUUAGAACUGGAUGCACGCCCCAAGUUGUAGCACCUGCAGAUGUACAAAACAAUACUGCAUCCACGAGUGAAGCGUUGGGCUUAGUUGGGAAUCAUGCUAUGUUUUGUGGAUCAGCUACUUGUAACUCGGAGCACAUUCAUGGUUGUCAGUUUCAUCUGUGCCAUCGUGAUUUGGUUGGUAGCGGCACAGAGGUGUCAGAUCAGAACUUUGUUGACGAAGAAGUUGAAGGAGAAAAGGAAAACGGUAUAUGCAAUGGAAAAAGGAUGAAAUCUUGUUCAACUGAUGCUCCUGGCAAUGAUCAGGUUGUUCCACAUAAUAACUCUUCCACAACAGAAGAUGUUACAACGAAUUGUAUUUCUGCGGCUAGGUGUAACUCGUGAUUGGAUGACACAGAACACGACUGACUCGUGUGACUACCGUCUAACCACGAGGUUAUUGACCGAACUAUACAUAUCAAUAAUGAGGAGUUCUAACAGAAGUUUUAAAUGCUGUGUCUGAGAUGGAAGAGUUCUAACAGAAGUUUUAUUGCUGGUGGCUUCAGUGCUACUCCAUGUAAGAAGUAUAAAUAGAGUGAUAGUGUGUGCUGUCACUGCGGUCUACCAAUCUUGUAUAUGUGUACAUAUAUAUAUGUGCAUAUAUAUAUAUAUAUAUUUAUAUAUUCUCCCUCAUCGUCAGUACUACUGAUAUUCUGCUACUAUACCACGACUUUGGCUGUGUUGGGAAUUGGAGACAUGUUAAACGACAUGUAGACAUUACUUAUUAUAUUUAAGGAGACAUUUUUCAUGUUU